GCUUGAGGUCAUAGGGGGUCGGCUACGUUACAGGCUCCAUCGUGGCGAGGGGCCAUCAGAGGGCUGGGUGAGCUUGAAGUUGAAAGACAAGGACCUUGUUGUGCCUGCAGACAGACGCGAAACUGGCAAGCGAUUUGACGCUGCAGCGCCAAUUCCGGAAUUGCUCUGCGUGCAAGCCAGUGACGCCCAUGGCACUCUUCGGGACGUGAGAGCAUCCCUGUCGGAAAUUGAGCAGGCGGCCUGGAAGAAGCUUCGAGAAUCUGAUCAUAAGAACGAGAAGAGCGACUUGUCGUCUUUUGAAGAGUCGAUCAAAGAUUUGCUCUAUUUGGCCUGGAAGCGCGAGAAUCGUAAGCGAGUUGUCCUGCUCCUAGCGAAAUUGCUCCAGUUCUCGAGCGAAAAAUCGUGGGAUCGCGCGGCUCGCAUCGUCUGCCAACAGCUGUGCUUGGUGUGCUGGGCUUCAUCUAUGGUCGACGUUGAGUAUUAUGCAUUCAGAGAUUCUGACAGUCCCAUCGUGGUGGUUUGUGGCUUCGGCGGCUCUCAUCUCGAU